GUAAUUCAUAAUAACUCUAAUUCAGUGAAAACUUUGCAUUUUCUAAUUAAUUAACUUCAUUAUAAUAAUGAGUACUACAAAACAUUUGAUUAACUCUAUUGAAACCAGUGUUUACGAGAAUUUGUUGGGUUUAGUCUCAUGUAAUGAUGGACUGCAAGUGCUUCCCGAUUGCAAUUCAGUCGUCCGUAAAGACUAUGAGAGUUAUCGGCAAAAAGGGAAAGUUAUACUCAUUAGUGGCGGUGGUUCAGGACACGAGCCCAUGUUUGCCGGGUUUGUGGGCAGCGGCCUAUUGACAGGUGCCGUCGCGGGAGAUAUAUUCGCUUCUCCACCGCCGGGAAAGACAAUGAAACUGAUUGAGACAAUUGUGGACAAGAAUGCGAAGAAUGAAAUACUGAUUAUUGUCGCCAACUAUACGGGCGAUCGACUCAACUUCGGGUUAGUCCGGGAACGGGCGCUCCUCAAGGGAUUCAAAGUCGAUAUGUUUAUCUUCGGAGAAGACGUCGCUUUCUAUGGCGAGGGAAAGAUGACGGGCAGGAGAGGGUUGGCCGGCAUUUCACUCAUUCAUAAAAUAGCCGGCGCUUUGGCUGAAGAGGGAAAGGACUUAAAGGCAAUUAAGUCGGCGCUCGAAGAAUACGCGCCACUAAUCGGCACCAUAUCUAUAAGCCUCACCUCAUGUAAUAUCCCAUCCCUGGGCAGCUCUUUCACGUUAGCCUCGGAUGAGAUUGAACUGGGACUGGGAGUGCACGGGGAGGCCGGUGUUCAGCGCUUGAAGCUAUGUAGCGCUCACGAUGUGGUGGCCGUAAUGGCCAACCAUUUGGUGGGUCCGACCGCUCUGCUCAAAGAUGUCAUAAGCAAACGCAACAACAAAAUUGUGGUUUUGCUGAACAAUACGGGCGGACUCUCGCAGUUUGAGCUCAAUAUCGUGGCUAAAGAGGCUGUCAAUCAAUUUCAAGCACUUAAUCUCAGCGUCGAAAGGAUAUAUACCGGCGCUUUUAUGACCUCCUUCUCCAUGUCUGGCAUUUCUAUGACUGCGAUGGCUGUCGACCAGAAAAUACUUGAACUGUUGGACAGACCGUCCGCUUCCAGUUCGUGGAGCCAACUCAUCGAUACACCAAAAGUGGUCAAUCGAUCGGCUAUUUUGGAGAAUUCAAAACUUGGCCCAAAAGACGCGACUUUGGAUUACGAGGCCAUCGAUGGACUCACUUUUGGCAGAGAAUUAUUUCUGAGAGCUAUUGAACUCUCGUGUAAUGCUUUGAUAUCUUCGGAGAAACAUCUCAACGAAUUGGACACAGAAUUAGAGAAAAAACUGAAGCCUUCAUUCCUCCAGUUGUCUCAGUUGUGUGAGACCCAUAUGGGCGGCACAUCCGGUGCCAUAUAUAGUCUCUUGUUUACCGCCGCCUCUAAAGCCAUUGUGACUAACAGUAAACGAAUCGGCAAUUCCUAUGAUUACAUCGAUUUGUGGAGAGAUGUCCUGAAAUCAAGUCUGCAAACCAUAACUCAAUACAGUUCUGCAAAACCUGGCGACCGAUCAAUGCUUGAUUCACUUCAUAGUGCAUAUGAAGCGCUAGUAGGUUGCGAUCAUAGCGUGCCUUUCCAUGAAAUCGCCAAAUUGGUUGCAGACAGCGCUAAACGGGGCGCAGAGAGCACGGCGUCGAUGACGGCUAACGUUGGCAGAGCUUCCUAUGUUAAUAAGGCCUCAAUCAAGCGACCAGAUCCCGGUGCUGUCGGUGUCUCCGUGUGGAUCGACUCCAUCGCACAGGCAUUCAACGAAUUUAUGCCGUCGGAUUGA